AUGUGGCCUCCUCUCUUUUUCGUUUAUUCACUCUUGUGUUUUGUGUUGCUAAUAAGUCCAUGUUUUUCUUCUCUUUGCUCUCCCAGUGAAGUUUCUGCUUUGCUUCAGUUUAAGCAAUCCUUUAAUAUAUUGGAUUUCUCCCCAUGUGAUACUUCUUUCCCAAAAACAGUCUCAUGGAAUGAGAGUAAGGAUUGCUGUACUUGGGACGGAGUUACUUGUGACAUGUUAACCGGUCAUGUUAUCGGGUUGGACCUUAGUUGUAGUCUGCUAAAUGGAACUAUUUAUCCCAACAGCAGCCUCAUCCAACUUCAUCAUCUUCAGACACUAAACCUUGCUAAGAAUUACUUUUAUCCUUCAACAAUCCCAAAUGACAUUAGCCGGUUGACGAAUUUGAGGCAUCUCAACCUUUCUGAUGCUUACUUUCAAGGAAAAAUCCCAACAGAAAUCUCAUACCUUUCCAAUUUGAUUUCACUUGAUCUUUCUAUUACUUCUUAUGUGUAUGGAUUACAAUUUGAUCCGAGAACAUUUGAAACAGUACUUCAGAACUUGACAAAUCUGGAGGUAGUUUCGCUCUUUGGUGUCAACAUCUCAUCUCCGAUACCUAUGAAUUUGUCUUCCUCCUUAAGGUACCUGGAUCUUAGGGUAACCAAUUUGGAAGGUGUUCUUACCGAGAGCUUUUUCCUUCUGCCAAACUUGGAAACGCUAUAUUUGAGUAAUAACUAUCUUCUCAAAGGAGUUUUACCAAAGAUCCACCCGAGCAACACUCUGUUAGAGUUCGAUAUUUCUUACACAGGAAUCUCCGGUGAGCUGCCCGAUUCAAUUGGCAACUUGAGUUCCUUGACUCGCUUGUACCUCUAUGGAUGUCAAUUCUCUGGUCGCAUUCCUGAUUCCAUUGGCAAUCUUACACAAAUUAGGUAUUUGAAUUUUGGUAAUAAUCAUUUCACUGGCCAUAUUCCUUCCACAAUCUCUAACUUGAAGCAUCUCACAGUUUUAGCUCUUUCAUCUAACUCCCUUGGAGGAGGCGAAAUUCCCAAUGUUUUAUCUAACCUCCGAGAACUACGUUAUUUAAGUCUUUCUAAUUGUAGCUUCAUCGGUCCGUUCCCUUCUCCAAUAUUAAGCUUGACACAACUUGAAAGCUUAGACUUGUCGAGUAAUUCCCUAUCUGGACCACUGCCUAGCAAUGCAAGCAUGCUUCAAAAGCUAACCGAGCUGGAUUUGUCUUACAACUCACUGAAUGGUACCAUACCAUCUUGGGUGUUUAGCCUCCCUUUGCUAUCUAAAGUUUCGCUCCAUCAUAAUCGGUUAACUGGUUCUUUUCCUCAAUCACCUGUAAAUCUCACAAACCUUACUACCCUUGACCUUUCAUCAAAUAACAUCACCCUCAACGCGGGAAUACAAAUCACUUUGCCUAGCCUAGAAGUUUUGCAGUUAUCAUCUUGUGAAUUGAAGGAUUUUCCACACUUUUUGAGAAAUUUAAAGGCACUUGCGGUAUUGGAUAUUUCUAACAAUAAGAUUCGUGGUCAAAUUCCUAACUGGUUUAGCGGCAUGAGGUGGGACUCCUUGUUGCACCUAAACCUUUCACAUAACUCAUUAACAGGCCACCUACAACAAUUUCAUUAUUAUAGUCUAGAGUCUCUUGAUCUUAAAUUUAACUUCCUUGAGGGGCCACUACCUUCAUUUUUUUGUAACAUGAGCAACCUUAGCCUUCUGGAUUUAUCCCACAACUACUUCAGUGGCUCUGUUCAACAGUGCUUGGGCAGCAUGGUUGGGCUAUCUGUGCUAGACUUACGAAGAAAUAAUUUCACUGGGAGUCUUCCAUCAUUUUGUGCGCAGAGUAAUUCAUUGAGAAACAUUGUUUUGAAUGGUAAUCGUUUUGAAGGAACUGUCCCGACGUCGUUGCUCAAGUGUGAUGGUCUUGAAGUCCUUGAUGUGGGGAACAAUGCUAUAAAAGACACGUUUCCAGCUUGGCUCGGAACUCUUCAAGAGCUGCAGGUCCUUAUAUUAAAGUCGAACAAGUUCCAUGGACCUAUAAGUAGUAGGCUGAAGUUUGGCUUCCCCAGGUUGCGGAUUUUCGAUCUCUCUCAUAAUGAGUUCAGUGGCUCACUGCCUGCAGAAGUUUUUGAAAACUUCAAAGGAAUGAUCGAAAUAGAUGACAGAGACAAAGGUCAAAUCCAAUAUAUGGAACCACAGUCUUACAAUGGAUUUAGUAACGUAAUGUAUGAGGUUUCAGUGAGGUUGGUGAUCAAAGGCCAGGAAAUUCAGCUAGAAAAAAUCACCACAAUUAUGACAACGAUAGAUCUCUCAAGCAACCAUUUUGAAGGUGUCAUUCCGAAAACACUAAAGGAUCUCAACUCACUUUGGCUACUCAAUUUAUCCCAUAACAAUCUCAAAGGAGAUAUUCCAAUGGAACUGGUGAAAUUGAAUAUGCUUGAAGCGUUAGAUCUCUCUUGGAAUCGGCUCACUGGAAAGAUUCCACAGGAAUUGACAAGAAUGAACUUUCUGGCAUUCUUAAACCUCUCUCAAAAUCUCCUUGUUGGACGCAUUCCUCAAGGUUCACAAUUCAACACAUUUGAAAAUGACUCGUAUGGUGGAAACCUUGAUUUAUGUGGUCCUCCUUUAUCAAAGCAAUGUGGAACAAGUAAUCCAUCUCAUGUUACUCAACCAUUGGAGGAGGAAGAAGAAGAUGAAGACGAGUCAUAUUUCUUUAGUGGAUUUACGUGGGAAUCAGUAGUCAUAGGCUAUAGUUUUGGACUCGUUGUUGGAACUGUCAUGUGGAGUCUCAUGUUUAAAUAUCGUAAGCCAAAAUGGUUUGAGGAAUUUAUUGAAGGCAUUUUUCCCAAGAAAAUGACAAGCCAAAGAAGAUAA